CCGACUGGGCGGCGACAGACAAACCCGGCUGUCGCCCUGUCGUGCACUGCACCAAAGCGAACUCGUAAAAUGUGGAUCGAUCAACUGCAGCGAACUUACCGGGACUGUGCCGUUAGUACUGCUGCCGGCCAAUCAACAACGGCGUCGCGUUCUUUCUAGAUUCAGUGAUACCGCACUGCACCGAUGCCGCCUGAACGGUUAUGGUUGGCGAGCAGCGGCGGCGACCGGCUGCGGCACUGGCCUGCCGUUUAGGUCACGUGCCAUGUUCGCCGUGCGAGCUGUCACGACUGUCCGGGUGCCAGUCGUGGCGGGACUGCUGCUUGGCGGGUGCGCACGUGCGCUCGCUCAAGGCUCUCCGUCCCUGUGUCCAUCGCAGGCGGGACGAGCCAGUCCGCCGCAUCAGCCAUCAUCCGCUGCGCAGCUGGACGCCGACAUCAUGUGGCUGCGCACGGCCGAGGCGGCGGCGCUGGAGCACGGCGCCGUGGCGGAGCGGCUCCGUGUCGACCCGCAGCACGGCCUCAGCUGGGCAGAAGCCGCCGUCCGGCAGAAGGUGUACGGCACCAACAGCUUCCAAGUCAAGGACGAGGAGCCGCUGUGGAAGAAGUACCUCGAGCAGUUCCAAAACCCGCUGAUCCUGCUGCUGCUGGCCUCCGCCUUCGUCAGUGUGCUGAUGAAGCAGUUCGACGACGCGUUCAGCAUCGCCGCGGCCAUAACAAUUGUCGUAACUGUGGCCUUCAUUCAAGAAUACAGAUCAGAGAAAUCUUUAGAGGAGCUAAAGAAGUUAGUUCCUCCUGUUUGCCAUUGCCUGCGGUCGGGCCAGGUGACCAGCUUCCUGGCCGAGGAGCUGGUGCCGGGCGAUAUAGUGCACUUCAGCGUCGGCGACCGGGUGCCGGCUGACAUUCGGCUGUGCCAGGGCGUUGACCUGGAGGUGGACGAGAGUAGCUUCACCGGCGAGGCCAAGCCGGCGCGCAAGGAUGCCAACGUGCUCUCCGAGGGCAACAUCACAUCGAAGGCCAACUGUCUGUACAUGGGCACCCUGGUGCGAUACGGCAACGGCAAGGGCGUGGUCGUAUCGACGGGCAUCCGGUCCGAGUUCGGCGAGGUGUUCAAGAUGAUGGAGACGGAGGAGUCGCCCAAGACGCCGCUGCAGCGCAGUAUGGACGAGCUCGGCAAGCAGCUGUCCGCCUACUCCUUCGGCAUCAUCGGUGUCAUCAUGCUGGUCGGCUGGCUGCAGGGAAAGCCCAUCAUGGAGAUGUUCAACAUUGGCGUCAGUCUGGCCGUUGCCGCCAUCCCUGAGGGUCUGCCGAUCGUGGUCACCGUCACUCUGGCGCUGGGCGUGAUGCGCAUGGCCAAGCGCAAGGCCAUCGUGAAGAAGCUGCCGACCGUCGAGACGCUGGGCUGCGUCAACGUGGUGUGCUGCGACAAGACGGGCACGCUGACCACCAACGAGAUGACGGUGACGCAGAUCGUCACGGCCGAGGGCUACCAGUGUGACGUGACGGGCGUGGGCUACAGCGCGCGCGGCGAGAUACGGCCCGUCACGGAAAACAUGGAGCAGUGCAAGUACUCGCUGUACGGCCUGCUGGAGGUGGCACUGCUUUGCAACAACGCUGACUUGACUGGCGACACUUUGAAGGGUACGCCAACCGAGGGCGCACUGCUGGUGGCCGCCAGAAAGUUCGGGCUGCACGACCUGCGACAAACGUCCCAGCGGCUGGCCGAGGUCCCGUUCCGUUCGGAGACCAAGGUGAUGCAGGUGAAGGCCACCAAGCCGGGAGAGGCCACUGAGAUGUGGUACUGCAAGGGCGCGCUGGAGAUGCUGCUGCCGCGCUGCACGGCCUUCUCGGUGCACGGCCGGCCGGAGCCGCUGACGCCCGAGCGGCUGGAGCAGGUCAAGACCGAGGCAUACGACAUGGGCCGGCGCGGCCUGCGCGUGCUGUCGCUGGCGCGCGGCCGCCACCAGGAUCAGCUGGAGCUGGUCGGCAUGGUGGGCAUCAUGGACCCGCCGCGGCCCGGCGUGCGCGACCAGAUCCUGCAGCUGCAGUCGUCCGGUGCGCGCGUCAAGAUGCUCACCGGAGACGCCCGCGAGACGGCCUGCGCCAUCGGAGUCCAGCUGGGUCUGCCGGUGACCUCCAACUCGGUGAUCAGUGGCGACGAGAUUGACCGCUGGAAUGACCAUCUGCUAGAGGAGAUGAUCGACAAUAUCACCAUCUUCUACCGCAUGGCGCCCAAACACAAGCUCAAGAUUAUCAAGGCGCUGCAGAGCAAGGGCUACAUCGUGGCCAUGACCGGCGACGGCGUGAACGACGGCGUGGCACUGAAGAAGGCCGACAUCGGCGUCGCCAUGGGUCGCGUCGGCACGGACGUCAGCAAGGAGGCGGCCGACAUGAUUCUGGUGGACGACGACUUCACCACCAUUAUGAGCGCUAUAGAAGAGGGCAAAGGCAUCUUCUACAACAUCGGCAACUUCGUCAAGUUCCAGCUGUCGACCAGCAUCGCCGCCCUCUCACUGAUCGCCCUCUCCACGCUGCUCGGCAUCCCGAACCCGCUGAACGCCAUGCAGAUUCUCUGGAUCAACAUCAUCAUGGACGGCCCGCCAGCACAGAGCCUGGGUGUGGAGCCGGUGGACCGGGACGUGUUGAAGCAGCCGCCGCGAAACGUCAAGCAGUCGAUGAUCACCCGCUCGCUGCUGCUGAACGUGCUGCUGUCGGCCUCCAUCAUCAUCUGCGGCACGCUCUGGGUGUUCCGGAGCGAGAUGAGCGACAACAUCAUCACGCCGCGCGACACCACCAUGACCUUCACCUGCUUCGUCUUGUUCGACAUGUUCAACGCACUCAGCUGCCGGUCGCAGACCAAAUCUGUGUUCACCAUCGGCUUCUUCACCAACAAGUUCUUCCUGCUGGCGGUGGGAGGCUCGCUGGUGGGCCAGCUGCUGGUCAUCUACUUCCCGCCGCUGCAGAGCGUAUUCCAGACGGAGGCGCUGUACCUGUCCGACAUCGUGUACCUGUUGGGGAUCACAUCCACCGUGUUCGUCGUCUCCGAGGUGAAGAAGUACCUGGAGAGAAGCAGCCGCGGCCGCCAGCCGCUGCUGCCGCUGCACCACAAGCCGGGGGACGUCAUCGACCUGGUGUAACGACCGGCCGGCCGGUCGGCGUGAACGGCCGCCUUUUCUAGUCAUGUGUGGCGCGACGCGCCGCCGCCGCCGCGGACUCGGCCGGCGUCGCCCGACGGGUCCGUCGCCGGCGACGGGCCCGGCUGUUCCAGAGGCUGUUGUAGUAUUCCGCACGCGCGCGCGCGCGCGCGUCCAAAUGGGUCGCCAGCGGCCGUGCCGAUUGUGAGAGCAUACCCGGCGUGCUAGCUGUUCGUGUCUAUGUGGGUCGGCGCGCCGCAGACGGUGUCUGUGGCCACGUGGGCCAGCGAAUCCAGGCUCCUGCGCUAACGCUGGCGCUGGCGCUGGCACGGCUAGUUGUUGUGCGGCCGAGCUUUGUGCGCCUACUUGUGUGUCACGCGCAUCCGCCACCGCGUUGUCCGUCGUCCCUCGUCGGUUCACCUACCCGUUUGUUGUCCCUGGCGCCGCUGCUGUUCAAGGUUGCGGAUUCGCAUCUUCCUGGCUCGGCUGAACUCUUCUUUAACUGGAUCUGGUGCAAUGCAAGGCAGGCUGAGGGGAAAUGUUAUGAUUUUAACGGACCAAGGGUGGUUUUUAGCUGGUAUUCUCUGGUUAAGAGGUCUCUUGGCCUGGCGAGCUGGGCGGGACGGACGCACAGCCGCUCACCGCCGCGUCGUGCUGCGCCAUGCCGCGGGCUGGAGGGCCGCGUGAUACAGAGGGUCGUGUAUGGUGCGGGUCUGGACUGGUCGCGGUCCUUUUUAACUGGGAUUAUCAUUGCUCAGCUCUGUUUUAUGAUCGCAAUGCAUAGCCAACACGGAGGACCUUAAUACACGUCUGAGAUUGGU